AUGCGUAAUGCGGACACGCUCAUACCGAUCAUGCUCGGCAACCUGCGUCAAGAGAUCCAGGCGGAACAAGCCCUGCUUCGACAACGUGCCCGAGAAGGCGACCCAUAUUCUGUCUUUCCCAGAGGGCGAAGGACUCGCUCGAGGCGCAAGGCUCGCGAGGUAGCUGAACUCCUGGAAAGCACCCUCAACGGCAUGUGGCAGCAGUUUCGCAACAUAGAACGCCCCUUCCUCAUCAGAAAUCCGGUCCGGGCCGAAAAAGUCCAAAGAGGUGACUGGUGGGGGGAGAGUGAUGUCGACGAGAAACCUUCCGCGAGACCGAGUUCGAACGAGAAACAAAUGACCAAUCGAAUCGGUAUGGCCGAGGCGGGUGUAGCUCCUGGAACGGACCGAUAUUACAGAAUUGAUUUCGUUCACCGAUUCAUCUGGUGGCAAAGUCAGUCGUCCGUCGUCAAUAUGCUCGACCAGGUCCAGCGGCUCCAGAUUCGUAGGAUCGAAAGGGACGCCUUUGAAGCAGACGAAUUGGUAAAACGGUGCCUAGCGAUACUUGAUCGACGAGGUGGCAAUGGUGGGGAAAGUCGGAGACGUGGAGGAAAUAGCUCCGGCAGUAGCGACGAUGGACGUGGAGGGGGCGGUGGUUUCACGAGCCGUAGGGCCAGUGUAGUCUCGAGACCCGGCAGUGUGAGAGCUUCAAACCGCCGCCGAGCUGACGGAGGGGGCGGAUUUCGAUUUAAAGAAGUCGAAAAGAGGGAAGUGGUGAGACCCAGGCCUGGACAAGAGACGACGUCCCGAAAUGCGGACACAAGCAACACGGCCCGACGAAGAAGUUCUCAACCCCGAUUCGAAUAUGAGGUGGUCCAACCUGGAAGAAUAUAUGUCGAUGUGAAGGAUGGCGGUAGACGAGAUGGGGUUGAAUACGUUGAGCCUAUCAAUUCCAACCGUGCCCGAAGAAAUAGUUACGUGGAAGGUGGUGGGCGAGACUCAUCCCGACUGCGAGACCUGAGUCGAGAACGAAGAAGGGAUUGAGUGAUAGUGAUGAUGAAACAGACAGAGAUCAUGGUCGGGCUCGAGAGAGUUUGCUUAUAUCUUCCUCCAAGCGAGA